CCCCUGAGUUAUGGAUGUUGGUGCACUUACUUCAGGCCAGAUCAGAGCUCAGAGGGACCUAACCAGAAGCAGCAACCACUGGCUCUCCACUUGCCUUUUACCAGGUUUUACCCUUCCAGUAUGUUUCAUUUGAUAAGACAUUUUCCAGCGCCCAGAGUUUCAGUACAAUGUGCAAAUGGAUACUGACAAAUGGUGCCUCAGCCUUUUCCCACCUGCCUUGUUGCUGCUUGCUGCUGCUCUUCUUGGUGUCUUCUGUGCCUGUCACCUGCCAUGACCUCGGCCAGGACAUGCUGUCCCCGGAGGCCACCAACUCUUCUUCAUCAUCCUCCUCCUUCCCCUCGUCCUUCUCCUCUCCUUCCAGUGCGGGGAGACACGUGCGGAGCUACAAUCACCUCCAAGGAGACGUGCGCAAGAGGAAGCUCUACUCUUACAACAAGUACUUUCUCAAGAUUGAGAAGAACGGCAAGGUCAGCGGCACCAAGAAAGAGAACUGCCCCUUCAGCAUAUUGGAGAUAACAUCUGUAGAAAUCGGAGUUGUGGCAGUUAAGUCUAUUAAGAGCAACUAUUAUUUAGCCAUGAACAAGAAAGGAAAAGUCUACGGCUCUAAGGAGUUUAACAGUGAUUGCAAAUUGAAGGAAAGAAUAGAAGAAAAUGGAUAUAACACAUAUGCAUCCCUAAAUUGGAAGCACAAUGGAAGGCAAAUGUUCGUGGCCCUGAAUGGAAGGGGAGCCACAAAGAGAGGACAGAAAACAAGAAGGAAAAACACUUCAGCUCACUUUCUUCCAAUGGUAGUAAUGCCAUAGAUGAAGGAACUAUUUUAUCAAUGCAGU